CAAAUCACAACUACAAAUAGACUCACGUGCCGAUUCCAUAAAAUAGGAUAGCUCUUACUGGUUGGUAGAAUGUUCUGUGAGCUCUCACAGGUAGGCAUAUCCGCCCUGCCUAUUUCUGCGGUGAAGCAGCAUUGAGUUUUGGUUUGAAGGGUGGGGCAGCCGUUGUAUUGUAAAAACGGAGACCUCACGUGUCAAGCCGCCUACACUACAAGUGCAGGAGCGCAGGAUGCUAGCUCAGUCGAGUCAAUCUCUGAACGAAGAGUGAACGUGACGCGUUUGGUACGCUGUCCCAAAAAUAAUUACGAAAUAGUCAAAGAAAGACAAAAGAAAACGAUGGCCGUCGAAAACGUUUUAACCGCUAAAAUAGUAACAAUGGUAUCCUUAUUCGGGAUAUCCAUGUUCGUGGGAUGUUUGCCGUUGUUGAUAUCGAAGAAGUUCAACUGGUUCACGAAAUCCCGCGAUCCAAACCUGCGGUCUUCGAAUCAGCUGGUGAUGGGACUGUUGGCGUUUGGUGGCGGAGUACUUUUCGCUACAACGUUCAUGCAUCUCCUGCCUGAGGUGGACGAAAACAUUGAAUUGUUGCAAGAGACAGGAGAGAUCCCCGAUGUGCCAGUGUUCCUUGCCGGUUUGAUAAUGUGCGGAGGAUUCUUCAUGAUGUACUUAGUCGAAGAAUUAGUUCACUUGUACAUACACGCCAGGGAGCACAAACCAUCAGAGAAGAACGACGCCAAACCGUUCAGCCUAAGGAAGAGCAUCUCGGGGAACGAUCCAGAAAUAAACCAAGAGACCAAACAAAUUGAGAAUGAAACCAAUAGCGGUCAUAGUCAUUUAGUUCUCGAUUCAUCCCAAGAAGAUUCUGUGGUGUCAGCCCUGAGAGGCUUGCUGAUAGUCCUGGCGCUAUCCAUUCACGAACUGUUCGAAGGAUUGGCAGUCGGCCUAGAGUCUUCAGUUGCCAAUGUCUGGUACAUGUUCGGAGCGGUGUCAGCCCACAAAUACAUCAUUGCUUUCUGCAUCGGAGUUGAACUGUUAGCGGCUGGCACGAGAAAAUGGCUGUCUCUCGUCUACAUCUUUACGUUUUCGUUCAUGUCAGCCCUGGGUAUCGGCAUUGGGAUCUUACUAGUAGGAGGGUCAGGGGCCGCGGCAGCUGGACUAUAUUCAGUGGUGUUACAGGGCAUUGCCUGCGGUACUCUGGUCUACGUGGUGUUCUUUGAGGUGUGGAAGCGGAGCAGCGGUCUCCUGCAGUUCGCGUGCGCUCUCCUCGGGUUUGCGGUCAUGGUUUCUCUCGAGGUUACCGUUGAAUUCAUUAUAAUAUGAAAACGACGAAGGAUACCGGAGAAUGUUAUGUAAUGCUAUAUUUAAAUAAGACGCUCAAUAUUGUGACAGUGUAUAUGUGUUUAAAUAAUUUAUAGCUACAGUGAAUUUCAGUCAAAGAAGAUUCAAUGUAAAACGCGGGAAGUCUUAAGUUAUAAUUCUAGAUUAAAUAAAGAUAUUGCUAUCGCAUGCGAAUACACUUCGAAGACUAACAAACAAUUAGUCAGACGCGUGUUGACUGAAUGUUUUUGUUGCUUUAAGCUAAGCUUCUAUGCUGGCAGAAAUAUGGAACAAGAAUUCUUGGUGCUAGAGAGAGAGAGACCUAUAGCAAGAAACGUAAAUGUUUUCAUGCGCCAUAUUUUCAGAAGCUCCUAUAUAUUUUUCAUUAAGGCAAUUUUUGUAACUACAUCUGUCAAAUAUCCUGAUUCGUUAGGAAUUCAAGCAAUUUUUGUAAACAAAUUGAUUUUGUUUCGCUAUGUAAAGUACUUUAAAAUUAAUUAUUUAUGGUACCUAUCUAAUGAAUGCCAAUAAAUCCAAAGAUUUUCGAAAUUUAUAAAUUUAGCUCUCGAUGUUUUGGCACGAUUGUAGCAACCCUACGGAAUAGAAUGCCAGUGUAAUGGAAUGUAAUGUUUAGCUGCCUUAGCUGGAAUAGCUCCCUAGGAUACCAGCGAAUAGGUAGGAAAAAAGUACAGUAAUAUAAUAUUUGGCACUGUCAUCCCGUUUGUAAAGGUUCCUCGUAAUAUAAUUUAAAACUUAAUUCUAGUUUCAUGUUGCUUUUGUAUUUUCCCUUUGUCAGGCGGGUUAUUAACCCGGCUGUCAAUGUCACCUAUUUAAUAAUUUUAAUAUCAAGAACUGUGAAGGACUACAAAAUAACAAAUUAAUGUGUUCUUCAUUUCCAUUUCCGGUUUAUUCUAGUCUAUAUUUCACACACAUUUUUAAUAAGAGUAAACAAUAAAGUAAGACCAAAGAAAGUAGGUACUCGUGUUUAUAAAAUUUCAAAGAUAUGAGAUAAGAUAUUGUUUUAUUAGGCUAGGUACUUGAACUCAUGAGUUGUGUAAUCCUCUAUCACCAUCUCUUUGAAUCCAUUAAGUCUUCAAGUCUAGUAUCAAGUUUAUAAAUGAUGAUAAGUUUAUAAUUAAUUAUAUAGGUAUAUUUCUAUUUCUAUCAUGCUAUAGUGCUCGCAGUACGAUUCUAUUCUUUGUUUGGAGUCUACUAUUAAGUAUUGCAAUGUUAUUUAAAUCGAGGUUUAGAAUUUUCUUUGGUUUGUGAUUUGUACUUUAUACAAUACAAAAAAAGUUCUUCGUUUCCGAACGACAUUAUGUAUAAAAAGUGCAGAUCAGUCGAUUUGCAGGAUUACUUUAAUAAUUAAAAAAAAAAACGAAAGUACUUGUUUUACAAAGCUUUUGCACUGCGAAAUUAACAAUCAGCUGAUUGACGGAAUACACUGACACGAGUGUUGCGAGAAAGAUCGCUUGUGCUAUUUAAAUUAAAAAAUUGGAUUCCUUAAAAUUAGAAAUAAUGUUCGAAAUACAUGGAAAGUCUGAAAUUUUAAAAACAUAAAUAAUAAUAAUAUUAAUGUAUAAGCAUAAAAUAGGCACAUGAUUUGAACCAGUCAUGGUUCUGUCAGUAUACGACAUUGUAAUCAAUAUGUUGUUUAAAAUUAAGAAUACUUACAGAGAAGCAAAUUAUAUGUAUUAAAUUUUCAUUGAAGGUUGUGUUUAUAAAAUAAAUUAUUUAAUGAGAACAAAUUA